AUGGCUGUACCAAAAGUGAACAAAAAGUUGCUUGAAGACCUUGAAGAAAUGGGAUUUCCACUGGCACGGGCAACCAGAGCACUUCAUUAUUCUGGCAAUACCAGCUUAGAGGAUGCUAUAAAUUGGAUGAUUGAUCAUGAGAAUGACGCUGAUAUUGAUGAGAUGCCAUUGGUAGAUAUAGAGAUUGAUAUUGAGUCCCCACAAUCAUUCCCUACAACAGAAGAGAUGAAAAUUAAAGCACAGAUUUUAAGGGAACAAGAGCGUAAGAGGAAAGAGGAUGAAGAAAAAAUGUUUGAGAGAGAAAGGGAGAAGGAGAGGAUUCAAGCAGGUAAAAAAUUCCUCGAGGCAAAGCGAAUUGCGGAAGAAAAUGAAAGAAAGCGGUAUUUAGCCUUGAAAAAAGCGGAAAAAGAAGAAGAGAAAAGAGCAAGGGAAAAAGUUCUCCAGAAACUAGAGCAGGAUAAGUUAAAUAGAAGGUCUAAACUUGGAUUGCCUCCAGAAGGCCAAGCCAUUGCGAGAUCAUCUGCUAUUGCAGUAAAGCAUGAAAAGAAUUCGAAGCCUGUUUAUACAAAUGCAAAGGUUGAGCACUUGAGAGAAUGUCUGAGGUCUCUCAAGCGUAACCACCUGGAAGACUUUGCAAAAGUCAGAAGGGCCUUUGAAACACUUCUAGUGUAUGUUGGAAAUGUCACCAAGAAUCCCAAGGAGGAAAAGUACAGGAAGAUCCGACUGAGCAACCCAUUAUUCCAGGAUAGAGUUGGAAGUUUAAAUGGAGGUGUAGAGUUUCUUGAACUGUGUGGUUUUGAGAAAACGGGUGAUUUCUUGUAUCUUCCCGAAGAAAAGGUUGACACGGAACUACUAAAUUCAGCUGGUUUUGUCUUAAAUUCUGCAAUGACAAAUCCUUUCUUUGGACUUUUAAGUACUUAGGAAACUCAUAUAUAACACUCUUGUCAAGCAUAUGUAGUGUUAAACGUUAACCAUGGGAAAGAAUGUAGCUUACUUUAUUAA